CUUCUUCCCUCAGACGCUCAGAGUGCCCCAGACACUUUGAGCCUACUGCGCAGGCGUCCUCCUGUCUCCCUGCGACAGUGGCCUGGAGGUGAAGGGUUUUGAGGUCCAGUGCUUCCCUCUGUUCUUCCAAACCUUAAAGGAACUCAGUGCAGCGGUCAAGCCUUUGCUUUUCCUGCUUCUUGCCGCCCCUCAUCCUUUCCAAGUCAAGGUCAGGCGCAGGUCCGACGUUGGUACACACUGGAUGCAUGAUUGACAUCCAGUAUUGACUUCUCUGGCUGUCGAGCUGUGGCAACAGAACCUGGAAUGUGGCGGGGCUGGAGUAGAAACGAUUCAUGAGCUCCAAAGUCCCUUUUGACCCUGAAAGACGGUGGGUCGGCUGCAGCAUAGUUUGACAGGCGACAUCCAGUGAUGUCCCUAUUCAAAACCAAAAGUGAGGAGAGAUCAGGUCAGCUUUCGGUAUUGUAGAGUGACAGCCACUGAGACCGACCCUUAUUGGUGCUUCCUGUUUCUCACACUCUAACUUUUAACCUCUAGGGCAGCGAGCACAUCUUCUCCUCCAAUAAAAACAAAGUUCAUCAGCCACUCUCAACCUAGAAAUACUUACCAAGUAUUUUAUCCCUGUAAAUACGCUGGUUUACGCUUGAGAUAAUACCAGAUGAAAAAAAAUUAAGAUUGUCCUCUGCCCGAAGGGGACUCUUGUCUGUGAUGAAGUACGUGUUAUAAUUUAGCAAGCCUACUUGUCACUGGAUUUUUAAAGAUCGCCUGAGACUGUGACCUGAGAGUUAGGAGCCAGGCAGAGUUAACAUCCCUGCGCCAUGGAAGCAGCUGAGAAAGAGGAAAUCAGUGUUGAAGAUGAAGCAGUGGAUAAAACUAUUUUCAAAGACUGUAGCAAGAUUGCAUUCUACAGGCGGCAGAAACAGCAGCUCACCAAGAAUACCACCUACCAGGCUUUGCUAGGCUCAGUCAACACAGAACAGGACAGCACCAGGUUCCAAAUCAUCAGUGAAGCAACUAAGAUUCCUCUUGUGGCUGAAGUUUAUGGUAUAGAGAAAGAUAUUUUCAGACUUAAAAUCAAUGAAGAGACUCCACUGAAACCAAGGCUGAUCUGCUCAGGGGACACAGGAAGCCUAAUACUGACAGAUAGAAAAGGAGAUCUGAAAUGUCAUAUCUCAGCGAACCCAUUCAAGAUUGAUUUGAUGUGCAAGAACGAGGCUGUGAUCAGCAUCAACUCCCUGGGCCAGUUAUACUUUGAGCACCUACAGGCCCCGCACAAGCAGAGAGCUACCAAAGGAAAUGGGCAAAAUACACCAGCUGCCACCUCUCAGGAAAAUCAAGAGGACCUGGGCCUGUGGGAAGAGAAAUUUGGAAAAUUUGUGGAUGUCAAAGCUAAUGGCCCUUCCUCUGUUGGUUUGGAUUUCUCCCUUCAUGGAUUUGAAUAUCUCUAUGGUAUUCCUCAACAUGCAGAGUCACAUCAACUUAAAAAUACCAGAGAUGGAGAUGCAUACCGUCUUUAUAAUCUGGACGUCUAUGGAUACCAAGUGCAUGACAAAAUGGGCAUAUAUGGUUCAGUGCCUUAUCUCCUGGCCCACAAACAGGGCAGGACUGUAGGCAUUUUCUGGCUGAAUGCUUCAGAAACACUCGUGGAGAUCAACACAGAGCCGGCAGUUGAGUAUACACUGACUCAGAUGGCCCCAGCAGCUGCCAAACAAAAGGUCAGGUGCCGAACUGAUGUGCACUGGAUGUCAGAGAGUGGGAUCAUUGACGUUUUCCUGCUGACAGGACCUACACCUGCUGACGUCUUCAAACAGUACUCAUAUAUCACAGGCACACAAGCCAUGCCCCCUCUUUUUUCAUUGGGGUACCACCAGUGUCGCUGGAACUAUGAAGAUGAACAGGAUGUGAAGGCAGUAGAUGCAGGGUUUGAUGAGCAUGACAUUCCAUAUGAUGUCAUGUGGCUGGACAUAGAGCACACGGAGGACAAGAAGUACUUCACCUGGGACAAAAAGAGAUUCGCAAACCCCGAAAGGAUGCAAGAACUGCUCAGGAGCAAAAAACGCAAGCUUGUGGUUAUCAGUGACCCCCACGUCAAGGUGGAUCCUGACUACACAGUCUAUGCUCAAGCCAAAGAACAGGGCUUCUUUGUGAAGAAUCCAGAGGGUGGCGACUUCGAAGGAGUAUGUUGGCCUGGUCUCUCGUCUUACCUGGAUUUCACCAACCCCAAGGUCAGAGAGUGGUAUUCCAGCCUUUUUGCUUUUCCUGUUUAUCAGGGAUCUACAGACAUCCUUUUCCUAUGGAAUGACAUGAAUGAGCCCUCAGUCUUCAGAGGGCCUGAGCUAACCAUGCACAAGAGUGCUGUUCAUUAUGGCAACUGGGAACACAGAGAACUUCACAACAUCUACGGGUUUUAUCAGCAAAUGGCUACUGCAGAAGGAUUGAUACAAAGAUCUAAGGGGAAGGAGAGACCCUUUGUUCUUUCACGUUCCUUCUUUGCAGGAUCACAAAAGUAUGGUGCAGUGUGGACGGGAGACAACACAGCCGAAUGGAGCUAUCUGAAAAUCUCCAUCCCGAUGUUACUCACCCUCAGUGUCUCAGGGAUCUCCUUCUGUGGAGCUGAUGUGGGUGGCUUCAUUGGCAAUCCUGAGGCAGAGCUGCUUGUGCGUUGGUACCAGGCUGGAGCCUACCAGCCCUUCUUCCGAGGCCAUGCCACCAUGAACACCAAGCGUCGAGAACCCUGGCUGUUUGGGGAAGAAUACACUCAGCUGAUCCGGGAAGCCAUCAGGCAGCGCUACACCCUCCUGCCCUAUCUGUAUUCUCUGUUCUACCAUGCACAUGUGUCUUCUCAGCCCGUCAUGAGGCCUCUGUGGGUCGAAUUUCCUGAAGACUUAGAGACUUUUGCUGUGGAAGAUGAAUACAUGCUGGGAAGUGCUUUAUUGGUACAUCCAGUUACAGAACCGCAGACCGCCAUGAUUGAUGUAUUCCUGCCAGGGUCAGAUGAGGUCUGGUAUGACUCUAAGACAUUUGCAUAUUGGAAAGGAGGAUGUACUGUGAAGAUUCCAGUAACCUUGGAUACUAUCCCAGUGUUUCAACGAGGUGGAAGUGUGGUACCAAUAAAGACUACUGUGGGAAAGUCCACCGGCUGGAUGGCUGACUCCCCUUAUGGGCUCCGGGUUGCCCUAAGUACUCAGGGUUCCGCUGUGGGAGAGCUGUAUCUCGAUGACGGCCAUUCAUUCCAGUACCUCGACCAGGACCAGUUCUUACACCGCAAGUUCUUAUUCUGCUCCAGUGUUCUGACCAACAGGUGUGCAGAUGGGAAGGGGCGUUUCCCCAGCAAGUGCAUCGUGCAGCAGAUCUUGGUCUUCGGCCUUAAGAAGAAGCCGUCUUCUGUGACUACCCACUCGUCUGAUGGUAAAGCUCAGCCUGCAGCUUUUACAUACUGUGCCAAAACAUCAGCCCUGCGUCUGGAGAAGCUGUCUCUGCCCGUUGGUGAGGACUGGGAGGUCCGUGUGGGGUGAUGAGUAGGCACCCUAGUGGAGGACAGGGAUCCACCUGACCGCACUACCUUCUUGGCCUUCUGCGGAUCUGUGCUGCCAUCUGAUUUGCUUCCUUGGGGAAAAUGACAUUUCACUUAUCUCUAGUGUACUGAUAACCUAUCAAUUUCAGGUUUUAAGAUUUUAGCCUGGUGCAGUGGCCCACUCCUGUCAUCCCAGCGUACAGGAAGCUUGUAAGACCUUGUCUCAAAAAAAAAAUCAAAAAUAAGAUUUCAGAUUAUAUAUUUAAAGAUGUAUUAUUGACACUCUGCAUGAACACUGCCCUUCCCACAGACCCUGAAAGAGCUCAGGGAGUGGCCUGACUUGGAGCAGGGCUACCUAGAGGCCCAUUUGUGGGGACUGCCUCAGGCUAUGUAGCAAGCUCACUCCGACUAUAGCAGCAACAGAGUUGCCCAACCCAAUUCCCAAGUGGAUGGCAGUGCCUGGCACUCUCAGGGUUUCCUUCUGUCAGCAUCAGUGUGGGUAAGGCUGCCUCUGCUGCAGACACUCCAUGGGCAAGGGCUGUGGAAAGUUGUUCUCCCCUGAGAGUGACUCCAGAACACAAGGAUAAGAUCCUCUUUCACACUUCUUAGAUUCAAAAGUACCAAAUCAAUUUUCAAAGUCAGAUUUACUCCUUUUAAUUACAUUUUAUUAAAAACUAUCUACUAACUGAAGAAUAUUUAUAAAGUGAAUAUAAUAAGCUAUAAUUAGUAAAAAUGGAAUAAAUGCCCACAUCCCACAGGUGAACUUCAAAAAUAGAUCACAGGGCUGGGACUAGAAUAGCACAGGGAUUGGCACUUGUCUUAGGCACGGCCAAUAACCAAAAGAAGUAGUAUUCCAAUACACUGGCUUUAAAAAUCAAAUGAAUGCACCCCCACAGGCUUAACAAAGGGUUUAAAUAAAGACACCUCAGUAUUACUGACUCUAGGUUCCAAUAUGGCUUGGCACGGGCUAGAAUAGUAUACCACACUGUGAUGUUCCUGACUGGGGAGAGACUCCCCGCCGUCUGCCACUGCUGCUGGUGUGGGGUGGUCUCUGUUCCUUAGCGUCAGAGCCUCUCAGUGCUCACUACCUACUUGCAACUGCCACCGUUCUACCUUCUCGUUCCUUAGCCUCAGUACUGUCCCUUGCCUCCACCCAUACAGAUCUUACCAUCCUUCCAGACCCAACCCAAGCCCUACUUUUCCAUGAAAAGUUCUACCUGACACCCCAACCUCCCAGGACCCACUGGCAGUGAGUUUGCCUUUCUCUGAAAGGCUGUCCCACAAAUAGCUGUACCCUACUUUGCAUCCUUGGGAUGUGCCUUAGUAUUUCAAGCAGGACUGUGUUUCCCUACUAGAGCGUAUGCUCCUUAAGAUCAUGUGACAUUUCUCUCACACCUGUCGUACCACUGUGGUAGUGUGAAUGAAAAUGCCUGCCCCUCCCACAGGCUCAUCUGUUUGAACAGUUGGUCCCCAGUUGGUAGCACCGUGAGGGGAGGUUAUGAAAAUUUUAGGAAGCCUGGCGUGGUGGCACACGCCUUUAAUCCCAGCACUCGGGAGGCAGAGGCAGGCAGAUUUCUGAG